UCGGGGAGAAUGACCGGUGUCUUAUGCGACAAUCGGCCAAAGCCUAAGGACCUCUCCAUGCCGUGACGUAAAUAAGAGAAGACAGGCAGGCCUACAAACGGGCCGAACACAAACAUCAGGUAGAGGAUAGGAUAUAGAUUUAGUUGUCAAUAAUCCGUUUUUGAAGCAAACGCUAUGCCGAAAGUGAAGAGGAGCAGGAAGCCGCCCCCAGAUGGCUGGGAAUUGAUUGAACCUACACUGGACGAAUUGGACCAGAAAAUGCGAGAAGCCGAGACGGAGCCUCACGAGGGCAAGAGGAAGGUUGAGUCUCUGUGGCCGAUUUUCAGACUGCAUCAUCAGAGGAGCCGAUACAUCUUUGACUUGUUCUACAAGAGGAAGGCAAUCAGCAGAGAGCUCUAUGACUACUGCACACGGGAGGGUUAUGCCGAUAAGAACCUGAUCGCCAAGUGGAAGAAGCAAGGAUACGAGAACCUGUGCUGCCUUCGCUGCAUCCAGACACGAGACACCAACUUUGGAACCAACUGCAUCUGUAGAGUCCCCAAGAGCAAGCUGGAGGUGGGGAGGAUAAUAGAGUGCACCCACUGUGGCUGUCGAGGUUGCUCCGGCUGAAUCAGUUGCUCGUGUUUGGAUCGUCUACUGGCCCGGGGUCUUCUGAUCUGGAUCGUUUUGUCUGGCCUGGCUUGUUCUGCGCUGGUUCAAUUAGUCAGGUCUUUUGUAUGGGAGAUCAGGGCUCAUCUACUCCACUUGUGUGCUUCAAGAUCCUGGAGAGUUGUCGCCUCCAUAAAGAGGGAUAGAGGUCUCAUUUUUGUUUGUGUCAUUCUUUUCAGCUUGUGCAUCACCGCUGA